AUGAAACGUACACUUUCCGAGAAAAAUGAUAUAUUGCCAUCUAGAAAUCUAGUUACGUUAGAUGGGUAUAUUAUUCACAUUGGUACAAUAACAAAAAACAAUGGAAAUGAUAAUCAUCAUUAUUCGUUUAUCAUUUGUUUAGAAGAUCAAUCUACAGUACGUGUUAUAAAGCAUUUGUCAAAAUUUCCUUGUUGUUCUUUAUACAAUCGAUUAAAAGAAUCUCUCAAAAGUGGUCAAGGAGCAUCAAUUAGCAGCUUACGUGAGCAAAAUGAACAAUACACAUGUACCCCGUCUACAAAAUUGAUCGAAAAAGAUUUAAAUUUUCGACCUAAUUGUAUUCGUGUAAAAAAAAUUUAUGAUUUAAAAAAUGAAAUAAAUGAUCGAUUAUGCACAGUGCAAGUGAAAAUAUGCGAUAUUAGUGAAGAUAUUCCGGUUGUUUUCGAAGAAAAUCAAUUUAAACGUAUUCAAAAAAUGAAAAGAAAAGUUGUAGUUGGUGACGCCAGCGGUGCAUUGGAAAUGACUAUUUGGCAAUCUCAUUUUGAUCAAAUACUAUUGAACCAGUCAUAUCAUAUUCGUUUAUUAAAAGUACGAGUGUACAAUGAUCAACUAUCUUUAGUUGCAACUACGGAUACAUCAUUCAUAAAAAUUGAUGAAUUAGAAAAUGUAGUCAACGAAGUUGAUAGUACUAUAAAUCGAUCUCAUAUAGAAAAGGGACGAAUCAUAUCUAUCGAAAAAAACGAUAAUAAUUAUGCAUGUCAAGGUUGUGGUGGACUAAACAUCAGUGAUGCAGGUCGUGUUAUUUCAUGUAAUGAUUGUAAUUGUCGAUUAUACAAAGAUACAAAUAUUCUUGAUGGAUGUUUAAAAAUUAAUAUAUUAACUUUAAAACAUGAAGAAUAUAAUUUACAAAUUCCAAAGGCAAUAUUAAUACCUAUGUUACAUGAAAAUGAUGAUUCUUCGUUAGAAAGUGAUGAUUAUUGUAACAUUGAAAAUAACUUAAGUAGUAUCAUUUCGUUGAUCGUUCAAUUUACAUAUGAUGAAACGACUGGUACAAUAAGUGAGAUUGGAAUUGCGACUGACAAUGAAUCAACUAUCAAAAGUAUGUUUAAAUAUUGUGUUUCGUCUGAAACUUUGACUAAUAACAUAGUUUUCUAUUCAGAUGAGACACCUCUUUAA